AUGAUGGAUCUGCACAUCUCUGUUGUUCUUCUGUUCAUUUUUCUCACUGGAGGUAACUCUCUCAAGUGUUACACGUGCACAUCUGCUCUGACGCAUUCCUGUGAAGUAAAAGUGCAGACAUGUGGAGAUGGAUUUUCCAAAUGUGAAAGCCAAACAAUAGAACAAUCCAUUGGUUACACUAAGGUGUCCAUCAAAAUUAAACGGUGUGCACUUACAUGUGAAGCUGGGACUCAACAGCUCCCGACUGGAGGGACAGUAACUACCCAGUGCUGUGACACUGACCUCUGCAAUGCAGCAGAUGGCGUGUAUAAGGGGAGCUACCUCCUGCUGUUGUCUCCUCUGCUCUUCUACUUCCUGUUUCAGUGAGUCCAGCUGCACUUCAGAUUCAACAGCUGCAGCAGAAACUGAACGUCACACACAUUUCUAGCCAUAUUUUA